AUGGUUGAGACGGUAUCCAAAGUCGGGGCGCACAGCCCGGCCCAAUCUCUCCAUAAGCAGGGCCUCUCGUGCGAGACAAGGCCUGCCGCAAGAAAGGAAGGAAGGGGGAGACCGACGCGAGGAGGAAAAGAGAAGAAAUCUAUCGCCUCCGCCGCCGCUACACAUCCACGCCGUCGAGAACCACUUCGGCACCGCCGCGGUCGUCAGCGAAGACUUCGGCGGCCUCUUCUCCGCCGACACCGCCGACCAGCUCGACCUCGAAUUCCCAACCUCUCUGCCCUAAAGAACCACUUCGGCGCCGCCGCGGCCGGCAGCGACGACUUCGGCGGCCUCUUCUCCGCCGACCAGCUCGCCCUCGAGUUCCCCACCUGCAACCACUUCCAUGGGUUCCAGAAGGCGACCAAGGAGAUGGUGAAGAACAAGAAGGGGACGACCACGCUUCUCCUUCAUCUCCGACAAGGCGUCAUCGUCUCCGCCGACUCCCGGGCCAGCAUGGAUCUUUAAUCCCUACAUGCAGAACCAUGGCUUGUGGGGCUGCUGAUUGCCAAUUUUGGCAUAGAAACUUGAGUUAAGGUAAAAUAUCACCUGCUUGUGUACUUGCAUCUCAUAUUUUGCAUAGUACUAGUUGAGUGCCGUGUGUUGCAACGGGAUAUUAUAUUUAUCUUCUUCAGCGUCUACUAUGUUAUCCGUCUGUCUAUCCACGUCCCAUAGGAAUACAAGCUUCAUUCUCCCUCCUUUUUUUACUCUUGCAUGUCCAUGAAUUUUAUCACAGCUCCAUCUUUUAUGUGUUUCCACUUUGCUCACCAUUGCUCAUGGGUGUUGUCACUUGAUACGGAACAAGAAAUUUAUGUAUAUAGAAAACAAGUUCUCAGGAUUGUAACUAUACAAAACACCAUUUUCCUUCUCCAUUAUCCGCCUCUGCCAUCACUCACUUUGUUGCAAAAUUUUAACUGUAACCAUAAACUUCUUGUAGUGAAAGUUUAUUGAAUAUCGUAAUUACCAAGUUGCAACUACCACAAAAUGAUUUUUACUACUAAUAUAAGACCUUUUGUCAAUUAUAUUUCAACCUACACUAUUUAAGUAUUAUUUCUCUGUGCUCUUACUAAGUCUACAAAAACAAAAUACACAAAUAGCAAAUCUAAGUAUGCUCUAGAUAUUCAUCAUGUGAGACAAUAGGUGAAAAAGACCAGCAAAGUAAAGUAUCAUUCCGGAAAGAAAAGAUAUCAACAUCGGAUUUGAAUCUUUCAAAUUUUAUCACAAAGAAAGACAGCUAAAAACUCACUUCCAAUGGAUGUGGCACAAACAAAAGGGACCAAGCAGGACUGAGUGCAAGUCUUGUCUUCUUCAUCUGCAUAGAUUGAUAAUGUACGGUCUAUGUACAGUUGAUUACACUUGAACUAUUUUGUAUGGGAAAAAACAUUAUUCAGAUCUUUUUAUUUUAUAAUUAGCGUGUGAAUUUUCUUGGGGUGGGCUGUUAGUAUAGGUAUAUAUUCUGUAAGGAUUGGGUUGCAAAUGAUGCAAAUUCACAUGAAGUUUAAUAUAAUGCAAGUAAAAGUUGUAUAGACUCACAAAAUAAUGGAACUUUUUGUUCUUCAGGCAAGCUGGAAUGUUCUUGCAUCAGCAGUGAAUGUGCUGCUACCCAUAAUAUUGAUUUUAAUUUUAAAAAAAAAUUAGACAUCAAAAUAAACU